AUGGCGAACAGAGCAAGCUCACCGUUCCCAACGUCCCACGAUACGUUGGGAAUGUCGUCAAUUCAUACACCCAUGUUUUUAACAUCUUCGCCUCCAAGGAUGAUGAGCCCAAAUCAAUCCGUACUACCAAAUGGUAGAUUUACUCCACACUCAUCAAGGGUCUCCGGGCCGCCUCGAAGAGAACAAUCGGCCAAAAGGCGCUCAUCGGGCCCUUCCCAUUCUGACACUGGAAGCGAUUCCGAGGCACACCUUUCGGACUAUACAUUUGAUUUAGAUAAACUUCCUACCACUACGCGGAUACGAGAGAAAACUGCGAAAGCCGAUGAAGCCCAGGAUAACGACAAUUUGUCGGAGCCUGGGGGCCCGCAGGAUUUUACAUUGAACAUGGUGGACUUGUUGCGAGGUCCAAAUAUACAGAAUGAAUCAAAUGGCGAGCAACAGGAAUGCAAAGAGGAUGAUCUAGAUGAUGGCCCUACCCGUGCAGCUCACGAUGAGCUUAGCGAGAUAGAACCUCCGCUGGAUAUGUCUACACCAGCACACAUUCUUUCUCGGACAACUGACUUGCUCAGUCAUGAGAAUGAACAAGAAAAAAGUGAACUUGUCGGAGAAAUCGAACAACUCCGAAUAGACUUAAGAAAAAAGGAUGAGAUAAUUGAUGCCAAUCAGCGCAGAGUACUUGACGCGGCUUCGAUCGUGCAACAGGUCCGCCAACUUCAGGCUGAGCUUCAGAAACAAAAUGAAAGACAAAUAUCCGAGACAGCAUCUAAAGAUCAACGUAUUCAGGCAUUAGAAGAGCAGCUUCAAACAAAAGACCUGCAAUUAAAACAACCCCAAAGUAAAUCAGUGGUGCGAGAGGGUCAACAGGACAAGGAACUCAAAGAUGAAACCCAAGAUACAGAACUUCGCUCUCUUCGCGAACAAGUAGAGGCAAAAAAUCAACUUUUACAGCAGGCCAAAGCGAAGUUUGAUGAAGCUGCUGUUUCUUAUCAAUUUCAGCUUUCCCAAAAGGUUGCAGAAAACGAUCGCUUAAGAUCUGAACAGCAUGACAACAACCGAGAAUUGGACAAAUUAGACUCCGAUAUCGAAUCAUUGGAACAUGAGCGCGACACUCUCCAAAAAGAGCUUCUUGACCUUGAUAAAACUGUGGCCCACCUGACAUCACAGGUGGCAAGACUACAGAACGACGUUUCAACUGCAAAAGCAGAGUCUUCAUCCAAAUCCAAUGCGCUGGAGAAAAUGGCAGAACGAAUGUCGCUUGAUUUCAGUGGGAAAUCGUUUGGCCAGAUCCUAGAAUUGCUCAAUCAGACUUAUCAGCAGGAUUGUAACCAAGCGCGAAAAGCAUACGAAGGCAUCUCCCAUGAAAAGCAAUUAGCAGAGAUUCGAGUCCAGCUGCAAGAGAGUACGUCAUUGUGCCGGACCCUGUCCCAUCAAUUAGAGUCGACUCAGGAGGAUUUAUCAGAAUCGCAAUCGGCGCUUUCGGUGCAACAGGAGGAAAAUUCCCGUUUGUCAUCUCAACUAAAGACAAUGAGCUCCGACCAAAUAGAAUUACGUCAGGCACUUGAGAAAAUGACCCAGGACCGUGAUGAAGCGAUCCGUAUGGCUGACAAGCGGCAUGAUCGGAGCGUGGCCCAGCAACUUCCCAGCCCAUCGCCAUCACCUCCACCUACACAUAGCAAUCCGGCGCAUCUAGAGAUGCUCAGGCGAUCACAUCAGCAAGAAGUUGACCGCCUAGAGAACUCUCACUCGACAGAGCUUUCAACCCUAAGAAAUAUGCAUGCGGAAUCAACGCGUAAAUUACACACAAUCCUUCGAGCGGCACAGGAACAUGAAAGCGAGAUACAAUCGGAGCUCACUGAACUCCGAAAACUGUUGGCUUCCAAAUCAAAGGAACUAUCAGCCAUGGCGGCAGAGAAUGAGCGACUCGAGUCAGUUAUUGAAGCAAAAGACACGGCUGCUACAGCGCUGGACGCGAAAUUUGCCAGUGUUCUGGAGAAGCGAGAAGAGAUAUGGGAAACACGCCUAGAAAAACUGCUGCGUGAUAGGGAGCGGAUGGGCAAAGCGUUGCUGUGGACAUGGGGCGAGAGAGAAGUCGGCCAACAGGGACGGGCCGGCACCCAAGGGUACCAGUACAAGUAUGCUAAGCGGCCUGAGAGCUCAACUAGUUGA